CGCAUCCAGCGACAUCGUCGUCUUCUCUUGACGUGGGCAAGUUUUCGAUCUCAGCUUUCGGGACCUGAUGGAGAGCAAGGAGGCUCCGGUGGCGGCGGCGGCGGCAGCGGUGCCGGAGAAGGAGUCGACGUCGUGCUUCAAGAGCACGGUGGGGGAGGACGCGUCGCUCCUGGAGAAGGCCAAGGACCAGUACAAGCAGUUCACGGGGGCGCAGGCGGGCGAGCACUGGGAGUGCCUCAAGAACAAGGUCAGCUCCAUGUUCGCCGACCCCAUCCCCUUCUUUGGCGGAGGCGCCAAGGACCACGGCUCCACCAACAACACGCCGCCGUCCGUCGAGUCACACUAAAUCGUCGUCGUCGUCGUCGUCUAGAUGGCCUAUCGUUACUACUACUAUACUACUACUACUCUAUGAGGAUCACUAGUUGGUUGGGUCUUAUUUUUAGUUCUGGUUAAAACCUGUAUCGUCGUCAUUAUGUUCAAGUCUGGAUUAAACUUGAGGAACUGUAUAUUGUGGAUUUUUGACUUAAUUGAAUUAGUCAAGUGAUUAUGUCGAACAAGAGCUCUUUUUUUCGUAUUUUUUUUUCACUUUGUAUUCCCUUCUCGAUUCAAAUAAAGUUACAGAUUGUUUU